GCUCCUGCGCGCCGGGGUCGGCUGCGGGGGUGUCCUCGGCCUGCAGCCCCGCUCUUCCUGCCUGCAGCCGGCCCGGGCCGAGGCCCCGCAGCCUGGAGCGCCUGUGCCCAGGAGAAGCCCCGCCCGGGCGGCGCUGCGGCUCCCCGGAAUCGGCCUCCCCUCCUCCGUCACUGCCCCAGACCCUGGAAGCCGCCUCCUCGCAAGGGGAGCCGCGUUCGCCCCCCUUCCGGAGAGCCGCGGGACUUCCUGAUCGAUCUCCCCGGCCAUCGUGAGCGUUUUUGGUAGCAGAUUCCUAGAAGAACGAAGCGACGCCGAGCACCGGGGAGUCCUCCGGAAAGGAGAUGCCCCCCCCAAGAGCCAGGAUUGCCAGCACGCAGCUGGCCGCCUCCUGCCCACGGGGCGUGCCUUGGGCGCUCGUGAGAGGAAGCCCCCGAGGGCAUCUGCUCUGCCGCUGUCCGAGGCGCGCUGCAAGCCCGGAACGUCCCGCGCUCCCGGAAGACUGUUUGCAAAGGAGCCCCGCGCGACCCCGGCAGCGGGGGCAGGAGCGGGGUGCUUCCCUGGCGAGGUACCACGAAGGCAUCCGCCAUGGAGACGGACGCUGAAGGGGAGAUGGAGCUCCUGAGCAGCAGCAUCGCAGCCUAUGCGCACAUCCGAGAUAACCUGGAAAGUGUGGGCCUCUACUUUGUGCUGGGCGUCUGCUUUGGUCUGGUGCUGACCCUCUGCCUGCUGGUUAUUCAUAUCUCAUGGCACCCUCAAGUAAUCCCCCCCAAGCGCCGAAAAAGCCUGCAGGACUUGAGCGAGGGGGAGGAGGAGGAAGAGGAGGAGGAAGAGGAAGAAGAUACGGUUGACCAUGCAGUUUCUGAGCCCGCAUUAGCCAUGACGGAGUUGCCCUUGGCAUCCUCCAGCACCCCAGAUGGAACCCUCACGAUUAACGUCUUUGCCUCGGCUGAAGAAUUGGAACGUGCCCAGAGGCUGGAGGAGCGUGAGCGGAUCCUCAGAGAAAUUUGGCGUAAUGGGCAACCGGACAUUCUGGGAACGGGUACCGGUACCAUCGGGAGAGUCCAUUACUAUUGACUGACUUCUUUCACGCCUAAGCCGAGCGAACGACUGCCCUGCACUCCUUGAGGCGCUGCCACAGCUGUUGUGCCUGCAGCCAACCCUGACCUUGAACUGAGAGGGAUAAUGGGGGGCGGGAGGUUGAAGGUCUUCCUCAGCGUGAGGCACACACAGCCAGUGGGAGUCUCAAGGAUUGGUUUGGGCAGGACUGUUGCAGAGGCACUAAGAGGACUUCUCCCAAGGACCUGCUUCUGAGUGCCUUUCGGGGUGGGAAGGAAGGGAGUUAUAAAUGGAGGCAUUUAUAUGCAGAGACAAUGUUGGUUUUCUACCAGGGGCUCUGGAAGGUUCUUCCUGUUCCACUGAAGGAUCUACUAAGGGAGGAGGCUUCGGUGACUUUGGGCCUGCUCUGUAGAAGCGUGCAAGACGUUCUGACUCGAAACAUCCAACUGCUGAAAACGCUUGGCUCAGGGCGGAACAGCCCAGCCUCCGUCUUGGGGGAUCCGUUGCCCAGGGCCGGAGUGCUGUGCCAAGUGAUGCGCUCUGCACCCGUUCUCUCCCCAGCCGGUCGGAAGGCUCUUCUCCCAACUUGCCAAGCCAUAGGAGAUCCCCCCAGUUCCUUACCUGAAGUAUCUUGCCUCAAGCAACCCUCCUCCAGGGUUGGUGCACCAGUGAGAGGUGCAGCAGGGUGUGAGUCCCCCAGAAUUUCCUCUGCUGUGGAACUUCUUUCAUUCCGUAAAGGCCCCGAGCAGGCAGGGAUGGCGGAGCGGCUGCAGAGUCAGCCGGUGGCCCUGCGUGGACUGAAGCUGGGGCUGGCAGGGAGACGGGGCAGCGGGUCCUGUGCCUGCCGUUGGUGGUUUUGUUUUGCUUGUUCCCUCGUUCCAUACGGGAGUUAACUGAUUUUUAACAGAUACUCAAUUUACAGUGUAAAACUGUGCCUUAUCUUUUAUAAAACAGAAUUAUUCCAA